AUGAUCAAAUCCAGACCGUACGAUCCCAUAAAGUCUGACACACCCACUGUACUCACGCAUAAAAACACUGUUCAUGUUAACGGCACAGAGCAGUGGCUACCUCCUUCUUCUUCCCGAGCGGUGAAGCUUUCCAGGGCAGAGAAGAAGGUCCAGUACGACAAUGUGGGUUCGAAGCAACUCCAGGACAUUCGCAGGGCGUUACGUGGUCAUUCCGUGGUGUUGAUGGGAAAGAACACCAUGAUGAAGCGCUCCGUGAGGCUUCACGUUGAGAGGACGGGUAACAAGGCCUUUCUCAGUCUCAUUCCUUUGCUCGUGGGAAACGUUGGGCUAAUAUUCACAAAGGGAAAUUUGAAGGGAGUGAGUGACGAGGUUGCCAAGUACAAGGUGGGAGCUCCUGCUCGCGCUGGCGUUGUUGCUCCUAUUGAUGUUGUUAUUCAACCUGGAAGCACAGGACUGGAUCCUGCUCACACUUCCUUCUUUCAGGUGCUUAACAUCCCAACCAAGAUCAACAAGGGUGCAGUGGAGAUAGUUGUCCCUGUGCAGCUUGUUAAGAAGGGUGACAAAGUGGGUUCAUCUGAAGCUGCCCUUCUUGCAAAGUUAGGGAAGAAGCCAUUCUCUUAUGGUCUUGUUGUCUUGUCUGUUUACGACAAUGGGUCGGUCUUCAGCCCUAAGGUGCUUGAUCUCACAGAUGAUGAUUUGGCGGAGAAGUUUUCUGCUGGGGUCUCAAUGACAGCCUCUCUAUCACUGGCCAUCUCAUACCCUACACUUGCUGCUGCACUCCAUGUGUUCAUUAACGCCUACAACAAUGUCCUCACUGUUGCGGUAGUUGCAGAGUAUUCCUUCCCACAGGCUCAGCAAGUGAAGGAAUACCUAAAGGAUCCAAGCAAGUUUGCGGUUGUUGUGGCCCCAGUUGCAGUUGCUGAUUCUGGUGCUGCCCCGGCUGCGGCUACCAAGGAGGAAGAAUCAGUUGAGUCGUGCGAUGAGGGAUACUAUGAUUUGGGUUUGUUGGAUUCAGCUUACUAG